UGUUACGGUGUCGGGACAUCUCUGAUUGGACGGCGGCGUUGGGCGUUACUUCUAUUCAGGAAACUAUUAUUUCUCUGUUUAUGUUCCUCUUUGCAUCAUCAGCUGGAGGAUCCGGAGUUUUACAGACACCGUCCGCGUCUCUGAGGAGUGGUUCAUGGUCACCCAUCAGAUACACCCAUGAAAAGAAAAUCUAGUACUCCCCUGCGUCCCAAACGCAGCAAGUCGGUCAGUGUCGGCGGUGAUUGUGCUCCAGAGCCGGGCACAGUGCUUAGCUCCAAUGCACCACCAAACUCUGACACCGUCCCAGAAUCUACCUCGCUCAUCCGACACCUGAGGAUGUCAAGGCACAGUCACAACCUCCUCAAGUUUCUGGAUGAGGACCGGAGCCGGGGGAAGUUCUGCGAUGUGUCUGUGUCUGUGGGUGGAACGAUCUACAGAGCCCACAAGGUGGUGUUGGCUCACGGGAGCAGCUACUUUCACGCUGAGCUGUCCAAGAACCCUGCAAUGACCAAUGUGACUCUGGACCACGUGGAGGACUCCGUUUUCCAGCACCUGCUCGACUUUUUGUACACCUCCGAGUGUGUUGUCACAGACACAGACCUCCCGGCUCUAAUUGAAGCAGCACGAUUUCUGGACAUGAUGGAUAUACUAAAGAUGCUGUGUAAAGAAGGGGAGGUCCACCCUGUAAGUGUGAUCCAGGCCCAGGCUGAGAUAAGAGCGUCUUCCGAGGUAGAAAUGACCUCCAGUGACUCACCAGCAGGCAACGCUGCCGUCCAGAGCCCACUUGAGCAGAGCAACCUGUGCAAUCGCCAGUUUAAUGCAGAAAACUCUGUGCAGAACCACUUGGCUGAGAGUCACGGUGAUGUACAGCAGGAAACCCCGACAGAGGGAGAGAAGGCAGAAGGUCAGAGGACUGUUCUCACACGGAGAUCAGCUCGUAGGAGGAGAACACCCACUAAGUAUAAGAGAGAUGAUGUGGAGUACUUUGUCAACACACCUGAGGAAACACAGAAGAUUUUAUCACCAAGCGAGCGGCACAAAGCUAGAGUAGAGGAAGCAGGAAAUGCGGUUGUGGAAAAGCAGACGUCCAAACCGAGCUUAAAAGAGACGUCUAAACCAGCUCUCGACGAUGACGUGGUGGAUGAGGAAGAUGAAGUGGAGGAGGGAGGAGACGUGAACGAGGAUGUGGCUGCCCAAAAGACAGCCGCAGCAGACAAGAGCGCAAGUCAGCAGGGUCCAGAUGGAGAAGGGUCAGAGUGCCUAGGUGUUCGAGAGGUGGAGGUGCAGGCGCCUGCAGCAGGAAGCUCCAACCAGAGCCCGGUGUACCCUGAGGGUCUGGCCCCAGUCAUCAUCCAGACCUCCAGCAAGAAGAUUCUCAUGUGUCCCAAAUGUGACAAGACCUUUGACCGUGCAGGGAAGUACGAGAGUCACACCAGAGUGCACACGGGAGAGAAACCGUUCCAGUGUGACAUCUGUUUCCAGCGCUACUCCACCAAGUCUAACCUGACCGUGCACAGGAAGAAGCACGCCGGCGACGCUCCCUUCCAGAAGAAGGAGCACAAAUGUCCCUUCUGCAACAAGCUGCAUGCCAGCAAGAAAACCCUGGCCAAACAUGUCAGGAGGUUUCAUCCCGACAACAUCCAAGAGUUUCUUACCAAGAGGAAGAGGAAGAGUGAAGGCUGGAAAUGUGCUAUUUGUCUGAAGACCUUCACCCGCAGGCCUCAUCUGCAGGAGCACAUGAUCCUGCACACACAGGAACGCCCUUUUAAAUGCACCUUCUGUGAUGAGUACUUCAAGUCGAGGUUUGCCAGGCUGAAGCACCAAGAAAAGUAUCACUUAGGUCCGUUUCCCUGUGAGAUCUGUGGCCGACAGUUCAAUGACACAGGCAACAGGAAGCGACACAUUGAGUGUACUCACGGAGGCAAGAGAAAGUGGACCUGUUUUAUCUGUGGGAAAUCAGUGCGGGAAAGGACAACGCUGAGGGAGCACAUGAGGAUCCACAGUGGGGAGAAACCUCACCUGUGUAGUAUCUGCGGCCAAAGUUUCCGUCAUGGCAGCUCCUACAGGCUCCACCUCCGAGUACACCAUGAUGACAAGCGCUACGAGUGUGACGAGUGUGGGAAAACCUUUAUACGCCACGAUCACCUGACCAAGCAUCAGAAAAUACACUCCGGUGAGAAAGCACACCAGUGUGAGGAGUGUGGGAAGUGCUUCAGGCGCCAUGAUCAUCUGACUGUCCACUACAAAAGUGUUCAUUUAGGAGAGAAAGUCUGGCAGAAGUAUAAAACUGCAGUGCAUCAGUGUGAGGUCUGCAAGAAGGAAUUUAAAGGAAAGUCCAGUCUGGAAAUGCACUUCAGGACACACUCAGGUGAGAAACCCCACAGAUGUCCUGAAUGCCACCAGACAUUUCGGAUCAAGAAGACCUUGACAAAGCACAUGGUGAUUCACUCGGACGCUCGUCCUUUUAACUGUCCACAGUGCAGCGCCACCUUCAAAAGAAAAGACAAGCUCAAGUACCACGUCGACCAUGUGCACAGCACGCGAUUCACCGGGCAGCCCGUCAGCACCCUCAGCGAGGACAAAAUAGUCUCCAUCCCUUUUGAGGAGACCUCGAAGGCGUAUCGCGCUGAGCCUAAGUCGGCUCUUCAAAGCUGCCCCCCUCCCGCUAUGAAUGUUUGCGUGCCAGUCACUUUAGUUCCUAUCCAGACGGCAGGAGGAGCACAAGGUGAGCUGAACACGUCGUCUCUCUCCUCCCAGACUCAUAAUGUCGUGAGCAUGCAGGCUCAAGGACAGCAGCAGAACUCCGUCUACCAGGCUGCCACCGACCUGGCGUUCUUAGAGAAGUACACCCUCACCCCCCAGCCCACCAACAUCGUCCACCCUGUGAGGCCUGAUCAGAUGCUGGAUCCGCGAGAGCAGUCCUACCUGGGCACGCUACUGGGACUGGAUUCAUCUUCCUCUGUACAGAACAUGUCCAACUCUGACCACAGGCACUGAUGCUCCUUACUCCACUGAGUCUUAAAGGAACCUAGUCAUUUGAAUCCGAAGAACAAAACUUCAGUAUUCACCACUAAAAUAUGUUUGCAUUUGGAGACAGGGAGUUUCAGCUUUUUGAACUGUAAAUGACUCAAUUUAAGGCUACAUCAACACAUGUAUUUGUUUGAAAAAGCAUCAACUCUGCUCCAGAUAUGCCUGCUGUCCACACUAUUCCUGAGUAUUAGAAUUAGAGCCACUAAAACUGAGAAGACUGGAAACACUGCUGAUCUCAUUUUAGUCUGAGACGUUUGGAAACAAUGACGUAGACACUAGGGCUGCACGAUAUAUCGAAAAUGUAUCAUCAACGCGAUAUCAACAUGCGCGAUAUACGUAUCGCAAAAGACUGCUUGAACUGCGAUAAAUGGUGUUCUAUGCGCCAUGCAAACUGGGUGGGACUGUGGAUUUAUACCAGGGCGUUUUUUUUAAUUUUUUUUAGUACAGUAUAAUAAACCAUGAAAAAUACCACUUUAACUGUAAAAUCUGGAACUAAAAGUGAAAAAGACAAGUUUGGGAACAAUUUGAUACCAGUUACAUGGUCACACAAAGUGGCUUUAACAAUAUUUUUUUCUUUUCGUGCAUCAGUUUUAGCACGAGCCUUUAGUGUCACGGAAUGACACAAUUCAUUUUGAUUCAUCAAUUGGCAGAAACCUUAAUGCAGGUUUUGAGGACUUGGUUCAUCAUUCAUGUUCCUAAAUGCACAACAUGUACUUUUCUGCUGCUCAGAUUCUCUCAGUCAAAACAAUAACAAGUUUUGCAUGGAAUCAUGGGAAUUGUAGUCGUUACCACCAUCGUCAUCACUGCGCUCAGCUCCUCCUGGUUAAGAUUCCUGCAGUGUUAAUAAAUCAUGAGGUUUUUAGCUGGAGCCAAAUUAUCCACAUUAUCAGUCUCCUCCUCCUCCACAACAAAUAGACCCGUGUGAUGCUGACGCCCGUUCGGCGAGCGCAGGGCGUCUGUGAGCGGCUGCGAGCUGUGUAACCACUGUUCGCUCAGCUUGUUCCUAUGAUAACUCAAAUCUGUCAUCCACUUAAAUGUUUAAUUGUGAAAUGUGUAAAAAUGUGGCUUAAAACUGGAUAAAAGUCGAUCAGGAUUGUUUCUGUUAAACAACCAACAGUGAUGUUUGUACAUAGGAGAUAAUUGACAGACAUGUAAAUGGAAUUAUGUAUUUUCUGGGUUUAAAAACAGCUGGAAACAUUUGGGAUGGUGUAAGUACACAACACAACAAAACAUUACAGAGGUUUAUUGGUUUUAAAGCAGAAAAGUUGGAUGUUAUACAUAUUCACAGGUUAAUUAUAACAUAACAAACAUUACUACUGAGGAGAUGUAAAGUGGGUGGUCUUACGUUGUAAUGUGUGUACUUUUUAAAAAACUUUUUUUACUCAUGCAGUGUAAUUAUGAGCUAAUUAUCUAAGUGUUAGAAGUUGAUGAUUGCACCGAUUUGUCAAUUAGCAUUUUCGACGACCUGAACAUGCUUGAAAUCUGACAAAUUGUUGUACAUGCAUCACGUCUGGCCAAAAAUCUUUUAUUGUACCGCGCAUGUGCGAGAAAAAUGGCUUAAUUGCGCCGCCCAACAAUUUUAAUAAUUGAAGCCUUCUGCCUUAACUUUGCCCAAGAUGUAUGAAAUUUGGGAGGCACAUCUAUUAGUUUGAGACCAUAAAAAAGCUUGUGGAUCCGUACCCUAAACCCACCAGGAGAAAUUCUAUUUUAAGUUGCAAAUUGUUUGCCUUUUCCACACCUCGUACUUCCAAGGGAAUUAAUCCAGUUUACUUAACUAAAUCUUAAAGAUCUUGACAAUGUUAAAUUGCGAAAGUUUUUAGUUUUCUUUGAACAACAGGACACAUUUCUAUGUUUUUGAUAAAAACCUGUACGUGGUCAGAUCUGUAACGUCGUGGCAACUGCACCUCCCAGACACUGCACAAAGGUGCGAGGACCCUUCAAUACUGCACAGAGCUUAGAGCUUAAUUUAAUUGAAAUGGUAAAUCAUAUGAAAUAUGAUUAAAACAAUUAUGAACAAUUUCCAACUGUGAAAUGAUUGAAUUUCAGAGGGUAGUUGAAGAAAGAGACGGAUUAAAUAGAAAUCCUGUGUAAAAGUAUCAGUUGCACCUCGAGGAGGUGUUGCUGUUUUAAAUUGUGUCGCAGCUGUUAUUGUUUUUAUUGUCUGUCAAUCAGCUGAGUUAAUAUUAAUGAUCUGUUACAGAAUUGAUUCUGUUCUGAAACUUCUCAAACUUUGUGUCAUGAUCAAUAAAAUCUGAUGGGAAUGAA